GGCGUUUCUGGCAUGUGAUUGUGUUGGCGGAGGCGCAGUCUUCGCGCAGCAUUGUAUUGAAUUUUCGAACUGGUGUGAGUGUGGGGCCGUCUGCCAUAUUCUGUAGUGAGUGAAUGUUGUGAGCUCGGGCAUAGUGUACACCUAACCUGCCACAAUGUCGGGCAACGUGGGGAUGGAACAGCUCAUCCCCAUUGUGAACAAACUACAAGAUGCCUUCACACAGUUGGGAGUGCAUAUGCAGCUGGAUUUACCUCAAAUUGCUGUAGUUGGUGGACAAUCAGCUGGCAAGUCCUCUGUGCUGGAGAAUUUUGUGGGACGGGACUUUCUACCUCGUGGUUCUGGUAUUGUUACACGACGACCACUAAUCCUACAGCUCAUUAACCACCCGCAUGAAUAUGGAGAGUUCCUACACAAGAAGGGUGAAAGGUUUACCAGCUUCGAUGAAAUUCGCAAGGAAAUUGAGACUGACACAGAUCGCAUUACGGGUCAGAACAAAGGCAUUUCUCCCUUGCCUAUUAACCUGAGAGUUUACUCGCCUAAUGUGCUGAACCUGACACUCAUCGACUUACCUGGCUUAACAAAGGUACCCAUUGGUGACCAGCCACCAGACAUUGAGCAGCAGAUUCGCAACAUGAUCAUGACGUAUAUUACCAAAGACAGUUGUCUAAUCUUAGCUGUGUCACCUGCUAAUUCUGAUUUAGCCAACAGUGAUGCACUCAAGUUAUCCAAAGAUGCUGAUCCUGAUGGUAUUCGAACUAUUGGGGUUAUUACAAAGCUUGACUUAAUGGACGAUGGAACAGAUGCUCGGGAGGUUUUAGAAAACAAACUGCUACCCCUGCGGAGAGGCUACGUGGGAGUUGUCAACAGAUCUCAGAAGGACAUUGAGGGGCGGAAGGACAUAAAAGCUGCAAUGGCAGCUGAAAGAAAAUUUUUCCUGGGUCAUCCAGCAUACCGUCACGUUGCUGACCGCAUGGGUACUCCUUACCUACAACGUGUUCUCAAUCAGCAGCUCACAAACCACAUCAGAGAAACCUUGCCAAGCCUUCGUGACAAACUGCAAAAGCAGCUAUUAACUAUGGAAAAAGAGGUUGAUCAGUACAAACAUUUUCGUCCUGAUGAUCCAUCCAUCAAAACUAAAGCCAUGUUGCAAAUGAUCCAGCAGUUGCAGAAUGACUUUGAGCGAGCAAUUGAGGGAUCAGGGUCAGCCCUAAUUAGCACCAAUGAGCUUUCAGGAGGAGCCAAAAUUAACCGUCUCUUCCAUGAGCGUUUUCCUUAUGAGAUUGUUCGAAUGGAAUUUGAUGAAAAAGAACUUCGUAGAGAAAUAGCUUUUGCCAUUAGAAAUAUCCAUGGCAUUCGGGUUGGCUUAUUUACUCCUGACAUGGCAUUUGAUGCAAUUGUUAAAGGACAAAUUAGCCGACUAAAGGAACCAAGUUUAAAGUGUGUUGACCUUGUUGUGCAAGAGCUCACAAAUGUAGUCCGAAACUGCUCUCUUAAGAUGUCUCGGUACCCAAGACUUCAGGAAGAAACUGAAAGGAUAAUUACAACACACAUCAGGGAACGAGAACAAAUUGUUAAAGAAAAUAUCCUUCUAAUGAAUGAGUGUGAAUUAGCAUACAUGAAUACAAAUCAUGAAGACUUCAUUGGAUUUGCUAAUGGUCACAGAGCUAACUUGGAGACUUCUUUGUUUAUGCAAAGCACCAGAGGGUCUGGUAUAACAGAUGCCCAGCAGUCUAGUGAGAACCCCAGCAAGUCAGGUCGUAAACUGGGAAAUCAAGUAAUACGCAAAGGCUACAUGUCAAUUUCCAACCUUGGCUUUAUGAAGGGUGGCUCACGUGAUUACUGGUUUGUCCUAGCAUCCGAGUCACUUUCUUGGUUCAAGGAUGAGGACGAGAGAGAUAAGAAGUACAUGCUGAUGCUCGAUGGGUUGAAGAUCAAAGAUAUAGAGCAAGGCUUUAUGUCCCGCCGCCAUGUCUUUGCCCUUUACAAUCCUGAUCAGAAAAAUGUCUACAAGGAUUACAAAGAGCUACAGUUGGGCGUUGAAACCCAAGAUGACAUGGACUCUUGGAAAGCAUCAUUCCUACGUGCUGGUGUUUACCCAGAAAAAGUUUCUGACUCUAGUAAUGGAGAAGAGGGUUCUAGUGAAGGCUCCACGUCUAUGGACCCUCAACUUGAACGUCAAGUGGAGACCAUUCGCAACUUAGUCGAUUCUUACAUGAAGAUUGUCACGAAGACUACACGAGAUUUAGUACCAAAGAUAGUCAUGCAUCUUAUGAUAAACAACACCAAAGAUUUCAUUAUGGGGGAGCUCCUUGCCCACCUGUAUGCCUCAGGUGAUCAGAAUUCCAUGAUGGAGGAGAGUCCAGAGGAGGCACGUAAACGAGAAGAAAUGCUGCGUAUGUACCAUGCAUGUAAAGAAGCACUUAAAAUUAUUGGAGAUGUUUCCAUGGCAACAGUGUCCACUCCUAUGCCACCUCCAGUGAAGGAUGACUGGCUCAGCACAGGCCAGGAAAGUCCAAGUUCCCCCCGUCCUCCCCGAUUCUCAGAUGAAGGGUCCAGGUUUGGUACUACCCCCUCAUCCCCAUCAUCCACAUUUUCUUCAUGCAGCGAGACUUUCUGCCUGUCGUGGCGGCCAUCCAGGAUUGGUCAUAGUGGGCCACCCUCUCCUGGAGGAAAUAUGAGACGAGCACCUCCUCCUGCUGUUUCUAGAGCACCGCCUCCAGUGCCAAUUGGUGGACGUCCAGCUCCAGCCAUUCCUUCUCGGCCGACCCCGGCUCCACCAGGUCGACAGGGUAAUUCAGGGAUUCUUCCACCACCCCUCAUUCCAUCAUAUGGAAUAAUGCAUCAUUCAAAGGGUUGCUAGUAAUGGCUACUUUCAUUGAAGCUUGCCUGUAAUCCAGUGUGUAGCGUCCAGUACCUACUGUGCCUCCAAGAUUACCCGACCGACCUCAUGUUCCACAGCGACCCUACUGAAUGUUAUUUGCAUAAUUAAAAUGCAGUAUUCCCUUGUAGAGCAGAUGGGUGCAGAUUAAUAUAUGUAAUUGCUUAAAAUGUUUCUUCCUCAAAUGAGUAAUGCACUUGUACUGUAUCCCAAGAGUAUACAUGGUAAUGAAGAGAGAAACCUGGGUAUUGUUGGUUACUCUACACAUGAUGGUAAGUUUGGUUAAUAUAUGGUUUGUUCUGAUAAUGAAGAGCAAUGCCAAAACAGUGCUCUGUACAAACCCACAAUUUUUUUUUUCAGCUAAUAUCAGACUCCAUACAUGAUAAAGGAAAUUACACACCAGCUUCCCAGGUUUAUUGUAUCAAGUAGUAUUGAAACCCAAUUACUCUGUUCAGUGUAUUCAGUGACAUGAUUAACACUGGAAAUUUUUAUAAUUAUAUCUACUAAUAAUGGGAUAAAAAAAAAGUCUGUGAUAAUAUAUCUUGUGUUAAUUGCUAUUGGACUUAUUGCUGCUUUGUAGAAAGUUUCAUGAUGGAUUAUGGAGAAAUGUAAGAUAGUUGUACAUAAGUAUGUAAUAAGAUGUAUGGAAUCCAGUCACUCUGAAUAAGAAAAUACUGUAAUAUCUUGCCAGUUGUAUCAUACUUAAUUGUUAAAUUUAAUACUCUUUUUGCUUUACUUAGAGUGAUGGUUAAUAAUUUCAGGUAUUAUAGGCUUUGUUGCUGAUUGGCCACUUGAGAGAAGGUUGGCCAAUCACUUUUCUCAAUUUGGCAGUCAGGAUUGAAGGCCUCCUGGGUUGUGACACUUGUCAAAUUUAUGCAACUCUUACACACAAAAUGCUUAAUUCAGAAUUGGUAUCAAGGGUGCUUGUGCAUAUUGACUUUUAAUACAGAACUUGUUAAUUAGUACAUGUAAGCAAUUGUUGGGAACUUGUUAUUGUGCACUUGAUGUAAAUAUCUUUUAUGAAUUGUAAAUGGAUACUACAUAUGAUUGUUUAAAUACAUAUAAUAUAGAGAUGUCUGUGUAUAUGUUUUAAGAUAUUCUAAUGAUUGUAAAUAUGUACAAUAUGAAGUUACCAAGUGUUGAAGGUAGUUUUAAGUAUUUUUAUAAGAUUUUGUAGGCUGAAGCUAGUCAAGCUUGCCUGUGGAAUGUAUGUAAUUUCUUAGUUGAGGAAAUUUCUCUUGUCAGUCAUCCCUUUUUAUCAGAGAAGUUCUUUUUCGUAUUACUGUCUCUAAAGCAAACUUAUUUGCAAUGUUCGUUGUUAUUUCAUAUGCAUUUGAUGGAGUUCAUGCAAAUAUUUCUCCUAUAUAUUA